GUUAUACAAUUUCAUAAGACCGAGAAUACAAUGCUGAUCUUGUUUACAGAUCCCGAAAGCAUCGAUAAUCAGACAUAUUUAAAUGAGCUUCGCGGAAUGAUAUAUAUUAUAAAAUAUUGUAUAUUCUAUAAGUAUUACGUUCUAUAACAAUAUUACAAUCUUAUUAUUAUAUAUUUUUUACAGAUUGUACAUAAAUGUGAUGAAAGCUAUAUCACAUAUAACUAUAUAAUGUCACUUCUAUACUAUGUCACUUCAAAAGAUCUUUGUCUAAUCUUUCAGAGAAAAAUAUAUCCUUUUCGCAUAUUUACGAUCAUAUUUCUUUUUCACAGAACAUGCAUUUCACGUCAAGAUGAUCAAAUGCAAUAAGUCGUAUAUAGAAGAUAGCGUGCCGGGAUAUAGCAGGAUAUAGCACGAAGAAGAAGGGUGCACUCGGCACAUUAUACAUUCCCCUUCUGUCAUGAACGAUAGCCGAACUCCCCUUGCGGAUAUAAUUCCUUAUUUCUACCCCUUCAAGUAAACUUGCACGCACCACAUUAUAAAGUUCCAGGAAACGUAACCCACUGAUGUCUCGCUAAUAAUGAAUCACGCAGGAAGGGUAGGAAGAAUCAAUCGCGUUCACAAUUACACGAGUUUAGCGGUGGAGGCAGGAAAUGCUCAUGCGCAUACCAAAUGACUGACAAACGAUCACCUUAUUCACGCUCAUUCACUUGUGAGCGUUUCCGCGAUUUACAAUUAGUUAGUCAUGCGCCAUCAAAAGCAGACGACGUUUAUCACGAGCGCGGAGGAUGGUUGCAAGUAUACGAUUCAGAUGACCCGUUUCUUCUUGAGAACGAUCGGUGUAUGGCCACUAGCCCUCUGCGAGACCAGGAGGGAGAAACUCGGCUGUGCGAUCGUGGCGGCAAUCAGCAGCUUCCUGUUGUUGUUUCUGUUUAUACCAUGCAUUCUUUGCACUUUUCUGAUGAAAACCGAUCUCAUAACGAAGCUCCGGUUCGGGCUCGGUGCGAGCACUUAUAUGCUGAUGGCUGUGGCGAAGCAGUAUAUUCUACUGACUCGUAGCAAAAGUAUCACCGAAUGCAUCAUACAGAUCCGCAAGGAUUGGGAUCGGAUUAUGCUGGCUCGUGAGACGGAUUUGGAGAUCAUGCUGGAUAACGUCAAGUUCGGCAGACGGCUGUCUAUAGUCUGUACAGUCUCCAUGUACACCGCCCACGUACUCCGUAAUGUCCUGCCGUUUGUCAAGCCGAGAACGCAGAUCAUCGGCAACGAAACGGUGCGACUGCUCUUGUAUCCGGUCUACCGGGGCCUCUUUGAUGUACGGAACAGUCCAUACUUCGAAAUCACACAGAUCGUACAGAUGAUGGGCGGUUAUGUCAUCUACACUCUUACUAUCAGUGCCUGCAGCAUAGCCGCGGUGUUUGUUAUGCAUACUCGCGGACAAAUCCGAAUUCUUAUGCUAAAAAUGGAUGAUCUCGCGGAUGGCAAGAAAAGGCAGAGCGCCUGCAACACAACAAGCGCGCAAAGACUCGGCGAUAUUGUGAGAUCUCACGUCAGCAUACUUAGUUUUGUAGCUCGUACUGACGAUCUUUUAAAUAAGAUGUGUUUCGCGGAUGUAUUCGGAUACACAUUUCUCAUAUGCUUCCUUUCACUUUAUACAAUGACGGUAUGGGAGCAGAGAAAAACUAUAGAAACAAUAACAUUUUUCUUGAUCGUCACAUGCUUCACGUUCAAUACUUUUAUCUUUUGCUACAUUGGAGAUGUUUUAGCCGAAGAGUGCUUAGAAAUAGGUAUAAAGUCUUACAUGAUAGAUUGGUAUCGUCUACCGGGUAAAGAAGGGCUCGGUAUAAUGUUAAUGAUGCAGAUGUCCAAUGCCACGAUUAAACUCACAGCCGGAAAAUUUAUGGACUUAUCUUUGGCCAGCUUUUGCAGCAUCAUGAAAACGGCUCUGGCUUAUCUAAAUUUACUCCGCUACAGUAAAAGUGCUUCACCUGUAUAUAGAAUAAAUUGGUACGAUCUACCUGGCUAUAAAGCUCUCGAUCUUGUAAUGACUAUUACGAUGUCUCAAUGUCCACCAAAAUGUAUGGUUGGCAAGUUUGUUGAUUUAUCCCUCAGUAUUUUUACUCACUCCACGCGAUCCCGGAAUCAAUUCUUGCGCUUGCGUCGCGUCGCGAGCGCCGGGACGCUUAUCCGCUUGUUUCAGUUGUCGUUUCACUUCGCAAGCGACAGUAUGCGCGAUCGAUCUCAGCUUCCAAAACGGGUGUCCGAGGUGCACAAUGCACACUACGAAGAUGACGUGCGCUACACCAUGCAGUUAUGCGGUUGGGUCCUGAAACCGAUCGGCAUGUGGUAUCUGAUUCAGGAUAGCUGCUCUCGGAACGAGAAGAUCGUCUCGAUCGCGUUGAUCGUGGUGUGUUUCUCUGCCUUGUGUUUCGUUCUGAUACCCUCCGGAUUGUACUUGUUUCUUGUUAAACAAGAUGUGUACGCCCUAAUCAAGCUGCUCGGUCCAGUCAUUUUCUGCCUGACUUCCACGAUCAAGUAUUGCUACCUCGGGACGCGCGGCGCAGCGUUCGGAAGAUGCCUCCGUCACGUCACGAAUGAUUGGCGUCUUGUGCGCGAUCAGGAUCACCGCGAAAUCAUGCUGAGAGGCGCGCUGAUAGGUCGCAGACUCACCAUGCUGUGCGCGAUCUUUCUCUAUACCGGUGGACUGUCUUAUCAUACGAUCUUGCCACUGUCCUCGAAGCAGAAUAUCAGUGAGAACUUCACCAGCAGACGUGUUCCUCAUACUUAUCCUGGCUACGAUCUGUGGUUCGAUCCUGAAGCCAGUCCUGCGUAUGAGAUCGUGUUCUGCGUGCAUUGCGUGUUCGCGCUGAUCACGUAUAACAUCACGACGGGGGGGUGUGGUCUGGCGGCGAUCUUCGUGACGCACGCGUGCGGACAAGUGCAGAUAUUAAUGAUUCAGAUGAGCGAUCUGGUAGAGGGAAAAAGGAGCAAGGGAACUGUACAAAAUCGUCUGAGUGUGAUAGCGAAGCAUCAUGUACGAGUGUUGAGAUUCUCAGCCAGCGUGGAUGAAGUGUUACGUGAAAUAUGCUUAAUGGAAUUACUGGCCUCUUGUUUAACCAUAUGCUUACUUGAAUAUUAUUGCAUAAUGGAAUGGGAGAAUAGUGACGCCGUAGCGAUUUUAACAUAUUUCAUUUUACUGAUAUCUUUUAUGUUCAACAUUCUGAUAUUCUGUUAUAUUGGUGAACUUCUCAUGCAGCAGUACAGUACAGUUGCUUCAGCCGUCUAUGGAAUCAAUUGGUAUGAUUUAUCCGGAAAAAAAGCUCUCGAUCUUAAGCUAAUUAUUGCAAUGUCUCGUUAUCCGGUUAAACUUACAGCUGGCAAGUUCGUCGAUUUAUCUCUCAAUACCUUCGGUGCUGUACUUCGAACGUCCGUAGUGUAUUUAAAUCUACUUCGGACAGUUACGGAAUAUAAAAGUGCUUCACCUGUGUAUAGAAUAAAUUGGUACGAUCUACCUGGCUAUAAAGCUCUCGAUCUUGUAAUAACUAUUACGAUGUCUCAAUGUCCACCAAAAUGUAUGGCUGGCAAGUUUGUUGAUUUAUCUCUCAGUAUUUUUACUCACUCCACGCGAUCUCGGAAUCAAUCCUCGCGCUUGCGUCGCGUCGCGAGCGUCGGGACGCUUAUCCGCUUGUUUCAGUUGUCGUUUCACUUCGCAAGCGACAGUAUGCGCGAUCGAUCUCAGCUUCCAAAACGGGUGUCCGAGGUGCACAAUGCACACUACGAAGACGACGUGCGCUACACCAUGCAGUUAUGCGGCUGGGUCCUGAAACCGAUCGGCAUGUGGUAUCUGAUUCAGGAUAGCUGCUCUCGGAACGAGAAGAUCGUCUCAAUCGCGUUGAUCGUGGUGUGUUUCUCUGCCUUGUGUUUCGUUCUGAUACCCUCCGGAUUGUACUUAUUUCUUGUUAAACAAGAUGUGUACGCCCGAAUCAAGCUGUUCGGUCCAGUCUUUUUCUGCCUGACUUCCACGAUCAAGUAUUGCUACCUCGGAACGCGCGGCGCAGCGUUCGGAAGAUGCCUCCGUCACGUCACGAAUGAUUGGCGUCUUGUACGCGAUCAGGAUCACCGCGAAAUCAUGCUGAGAGGCGCGCUGAUAGGUCGCAGACUCGCUGCGCUGUGCGCGAUCUUCCUCUAUACCGGUGGACUGUCCUAUCAUACGAUCUUGCCGCUGUCCUCGAAACUGAUCAUCAGUGAGAACUUCACCAGCAGACGUGUUCCUCAUACUUAUCCUGGCUACGAUUUGUUGUUCGAUCCUGAAGCCAGUCCUGCGUAUGAGAUCGUGUUCUGCGUGCAUUGCGUGUUCGCGCUGAUCACGUAUAACAUCACAACGGGGGCGUGUAGUCUGGCGGCGAUCUUCGUGACGCACGUGUGCGGACAAGUGCAGAUAUUAAUGAUUCAGAUGAGCGAUUUGGUAGAGGGAAAAAGGAGUAAGGGAACCGUACAAAAUCGUCUGAGUAUGAUAGCAAAGCAUCAUGUACGAGUGUUGAGAUUCUCAGCUAGCGUGGAUGAAGUGUUACGUGAAAUAUGCUUAAUGGAAGUACUGGCUUCUUGUCUAAUCAUAUGCUUACUUGAAUAUUCUUGCAUGGUGGAAUGGGAGAACAGUGACGCCGUAGCGAUCGUAACAUAUUUCUUUUUACUGAUAUCUUUUAUGUUCAACAUUCUGAUAUUCUGUUAUAUUGGUGAACUUCUCAUGCAGCAGUACAGUACAGUUGCUUCAGCCGUCUAUGGAAUCAAUUGGUAUGAUUUAUCCGGAAAAAAAGCUCUCGAUCUUAAGCUAAUUAUUGCAAUGUCUCGUUAUCCGGUUAAACUUACAGCUGGCAAGUUCGUCGAUUUAUCCCUCAAUACCUUCGGUGCUGUACUUCGAACGUCCGUAGUGUAUUUAAAUCUACUUCGGACAGUUACGCAAUAAAAUUCUCUUAAAUUGUAUAUAUAACAAUAUAACCUUUGUUAUCUAUAAUUAAAUAGUAAGAUUUGGCUUAUAUAUUUUUAUCCAUAUGUUUGCCAUAUAUAUUUUUAUGCCAUACAUACAUCACAGCGGAUUAUAUAGAAGAGUUUAUGUAGAAAAGUUAUUAAUAAAACAGUAAUCAAAUAUU